AUGGAUCAUGAAGAGGAGGAGAUCGAGAUCCCUGAUUACUUUAUCUGCCCAAUCUCACUAGAUAUUAUGAAAGAUCCCGUCACGGCCGUUUCCGGCAUCACUUACGACCGUCAGAGCAUCGUUAAAUGGCUCGAGAAGGUCCCAUCUUGUCCCGUUUCGAAGCAGCCUCUUCCUCUUGACUCCGAUCUUACGCCUAACCAUAUGCUUCGCCGUCUGAUCCAACAGUGGUGCGUCGAGAAUGCGACACGCGGCGUUGUCAGAAUCCCUACGCCUAGAGCUCCUCCGGGGAAGCCUAACGUCCUCGAGGAGAUCAAGAAACUCAAAAAAUUUGGAGAAGAAGGUAGACCACUCGGUUCGGUCCGGUUAUUUCUGUAUUCGGUUCGGUGUGGCAAAACUUUAGUUCGGGUUUUGAUAGAGCAAACCCCCCCAAAAUUAUAG